UCAGUAUUUAGAAAUUAUUUAAUCAGCAUUAUGGAUCCCGGAAAAGAUCAAAAUAUGGAUGAUAUGUCACAAGCUGACAAAGAGCGGUUUGCAAGAGAAAAUCAUUCAGAAAUUGAAAGACGUAGGCGCAAUAAAAUGACCGCAUAUAUCACUGAACUAUCGGACAUGGUACCUAGUUGUAGUGCAUUGGCAAGAAAACCAGACAAACUGACUAUACUUCGCAUGGCAGUUUCUCAUAUGAAGCAGUUGAGGGUGGGAAUGGCUGGUGGUGGACUGGAUAGCGCAUACAAACCAGCAUUUUUAACCGACCAAGAAUUGAAGCAUCUGGUCCUUGAGUCUGCAGAUGGCUUUCUCUUUGUUGCAUCUUGCGAAACUGGCCAAGUAAUCUAUGUGUCUGAUACGGUUACAUCAGUUCUCAGUCAAGCUCAUUCUGAUUGGCUUGGCCACAGUUUGUAUGAUCUAAUUCAUCCACAGGAUGUUGCCAAAGUGCAAGAGCAAUUGAAUCUCAACGAUACACAGAAUACCGGCCGUAUGCUUGACUUGAAAACUGGUACUGUCAAAAAGGAGGGACAACAAAGUUCAGUACGAAUGUGCAACGGAUCUCGUCGUGCUUUCAUUUGUCGCAUGAGAUGUGGCAAAGUACAAGUUAAUACCAAUGGUCCAAGAUAUCAGCGUGCCAGAAAUACUCUCGGCCAUACUGGCGAUGGUGAAGAUAUGCAUACAGUUACGCAUGUUACUGGUUAUAUAAAACCUUGGCCUCCAUCUGGAUAUACUGGAGCCGAUGCACAGCCGGAUGUGUUGGAAGAUAUGGCUGGUCAGAACUCCAACGGCAAUACAGACUAUUGUCUGGUUGCAAUUGCAAGACUUCAGAUAACAAGUCACCCCACGUUCGGAGAUCUCAAUCCUACAAGUGAUGCAACUGAAUUUGUUUCCCGACACAAUUUUGACAAUGUAUAUACGUUUGUUGAUAUGCGAGUGACGAGCAUACUUGGAUAUCAACCACAAGACUUGCUCGGAAAGAGGCCUGUAGAUUUCUACCAUCCCGACGAUGCAGAACAAGCUCAAGAAAGUUUCAAACAGGUGAUGCUGUUACGUGGACAGGUAUUUUCAAUGGUAUAUAGAUUCAGGGCUCAAAAUGGUGAAUAUAUUUGGAUGCGCACCAGUACGUUUACUUUCCAAAAUCCUUACAACAAUGAAGUUGAGUAUAUUGUCUGUACGAAUUCGCUAAUGAAACAAAAUCAGUCGCAACAACAAAGCGCUCCAACUUCACUACAAGAGGACCAAGUUCAGGACCAAAAAGGAAUGCCAGGUGGAUAUGGACAUGUAAGGAGUGAUCAGCAAUAUGGAAACAAGCCUACCCAAUCUCCAGAUGUUCAAUCACCUACAACAACUCUCAAUUAUCCACCACAAAAUAUUGCAACUGCUUCAGCACAAAUUCCAAGUCAGUUUAGUCCCACGACUGUACCGAUAGCUCAGCCAGGUUGGAAUCCCGUAGGAGUCGGCGCAGCGGAUCCCGUCAGUUCUCAGUACUCUCAAGCGCUUUUGGAUCGAUACCAAGCGCCAGUUGCCCCUCAGCAACAACAUGGGGGGAUGUAUACAAAUGCAUCAUAUCAAGCAUCACCCCCAAUUGGUGGGUAUGUUGCAGAUGGUCGGCCAACAGAAGCAUAUCCACAGUCCGAGACCAUGAUGUCUAUGCUGGAACAAGGACCAAAUGCCUAUAACCAAGAAGAAUUCACAGAGUUGAAUAUGUUCACACCUUUCUCGCAAUCAUAGACCUGAAUGGUGAAUCCAAUACAUUCUAUGUAAAAAUUGUAUAAAUAUUAAUCACCUAGUCAUGAUGAUGUGGUAAUUUUCACAAUCAACUGGUAACUUGGAUAUAUGAAAACUAACAAAGCACUUACUAAUUGAUAGUUAUUGGGCUUUCUAGCAUUGUAUUUUAUAUUUUUAUUUUUUUUUAUUCUUUUAAAAUUUGUUUAUCCCCUUAAUCAUGUCCAUCUCUUUAUCAUAGAUUGAAGUGAACUAUUUUAAUAUACUUACAUCGAAUUCUGUUCAGAAAAGGAAAAGGUUAAACUCUCAUACUAAUGCAGUGUAGCUUCUGUAAAUGAAAUGUAUUACCAAGCAUAGGUAAAUCCAAGCAGCUUGAACAAAAUCCAAGAUAUUCAAAUUGUUUUAACCCAGAUUUUAGCAAACGAAAUCAUCUUGCCUUGAAAAUAUUAAGCCUGACACCCAGGUUCGCACCAAGCUGGAGAGUGUAUCAAUGCCAUUAAUGAUGAAAACAUGUCCUUACUUAGUGUUUUUUAUCAUAUUUCUGAAUAGCUAUAUCUUGGAAUAAUGUAUUAUAUAAGUGUAUUUUUCAUAUGUCAGGUUCUGAUGUCAUCAUUAUUAAAUUACCAAUACUGGUGUGUAUUAACAUAAGUCAUGGAUUGAAUUUAUCUAAAAAAAAUUGUUUGUGCAGAAUUUUAAAUUGAUUAUUAAAUAUUUGUGAUACCAAGAACGAGAGGUGUGAUCUUUGUAGAUACUUCAAGAAUGACCCAAUAAUUGUUCUCCCAUUUAAAGUUUUAAUGCGUGAGAUAAAUAGUUAUGAUAUUUCAUUUUGCUGGUUUUUUGACCAUUUUACCAAAAUGAUUUUA